AAAAAAAAUUUUUAAAUCUCUAAUAUUAAUUUAAUAUAAAUUUAAUAUAAAUUUUUGAAAUAAUUUAAUUUUAUGAAAUAAAUUAAUUAUAACUAUUACUAAUUAUUAUAUAUUCGUUUCAAUUUUAGUAAAAAAUAUUUAAUAUAUAUUCUAAAUAUGUCUAUUUUUAUAAAAAAAAAAAAUAAAACGUUACCUAAUAUAUAAGAAAAUUAUCUUUUAAUACUCUGAUAAUUAAACAAUGAUUUGAAAAAAUAAAAAUCGAGACCAAGUGCGUAAAAUUAAAAUUAUAAUUAAAUAUAAUAAAAUAGUAACUGAACUGAGUAAUACAUAUUGAUAACCUUAAGUGUAAAUAUAAAAAGAACAAAAAAACUCAAAAAAAUAAUUAAUUUCAUUAUCGUAAUAUUUAAAAAAUAAACUAUUACUCGUGUCAAAAAACUUAGUAGCUUAUUAUAUUGCUAUAUUCGUAAAUAUUCUCUGAAAAUGGGUAAUGCUGGAAGUAAUCAACCAGUUGGACAUCACCACACAAGUAAUACAAAUAGAGAGCAUCGUCAUGUUAAAGAAUAUCCUCCACCUUCACCAGGGAAGGAAGGCCAAGCUUUUGUUUUUGAUAAAAAACCAAGCCAGAAAUUAGUUUUUCAAUCAUCUCAUGAAGAAGAAGAACCUUAUUUUGCUAAAACUAACGCUCAUCAAGAUGGAGAUGAUUUUACUUCUCAACGUCCUCGUUCAAAUACAGUAUCUGAAGGUACUAAAGUAACAGAUAGUAAAGUAUUACCAACAGUUUUUAAAUGGGAAGGAGGUGGUAAACAAGUUUAUAUCAGUGGAACUUUUACUGGAUGGAAGACAUUACCAAUGGUUAAAAGUCAUGGUGAUUUUGUUACAAUUAUUGAUUUGCCAGAAGGAGAACAUCAAUAUAAGUUUUUUGUUGAUGGUGAAUGGAGACAUGAUCCAGAUAUUAAAAUUGUUGAUAAUGGUAUGGGUUCCAAAAAUAAUUUAGUAUCUGUAAGAAAAUCUGAUUUUGAAGUUUUCCAAGCUCUUGCAAAAGAUAGUGAAGGUGUUACAAGUAGUGCACAGACGGAAUAUGGACAAGAAAUUCCUCCUCAUAAACCUUGGGAGAAAGUUGCUGGUCCACCAAUAUUGCCACCACAUUUACUUCAAGUUAUUCUUAAUAAAGACACUCCUUUAUCUUGUGAACCAACACUUUUACCAGAACCAAAUCAUGUUAUGUUAAAUCAUUUGUAUGCUUUAAGCAUUAAAGACAGUGUAAUGGUUUUAUCUGCGACACAUCGUUAUCGCAAAAAAUAUGUUACAACUUUAUUAUACAAACCAAUUUAAGGAUAUUAAAUCAUUCCUAAAGCAAUCGGCUAUUGCUAGUUACAUCAAAUUAAUACAUAUUUUGUAGAUAAGAUAAAAUAUAAGAUAUUCAAAAUAAUUAUUGGAAAGUUGACAAUGCAUGAAGUUUGUUGUAUAUCAAAUGUUAUAUAAUGUAAUUAUUAUUUAUUAAAAUUAUUUUAUAUUAGA